CAGAGGCUGAUAAACCAUCAUGUGAUAACACUGACAUCCUGGUUACUGGUGAAUAUAAAUAACUGGAUCCUAGUGUAUAUAAACAGAAUUCCUGAGCCAGUAAAUUAAUAGAUGUGAGCGGCAGACAGCCUGUGACACAGUAAUAGAAGAUGGAUUCCAGCACCCAUAAAUUCUAUCCUAAACAUGGCUUUGAUUCUAGAGACUAUCUGGAAUCAUAUUUUUCUAACAAACCAGACAAGGGCUUUGAAGACGAUUCACUUAGAUUUCCAAUGGAAUGUUUACACCGUGCAUUCAGUGAGGGUCACAUUAAGGGAGACCUUUUGAUUGACAUCAGUAGUGGAUCCCUCAUUCAUCAUCUCUAUACAGCCAGCGGAUAUUUCAAAGAGAUCCUUGUGCUGAAGUGCUCUGAGCAAUGUAUUAUGGAGCUGAACAAAUGGAUUAACACACAUACCGGAGCAUUUGAUUGGUCUCACAUAAUGGAAUAUAUUAAAUGUACAGAAGGAAACAGUGACCAGUGUCAGGACAAAGACAUAAUGUUGAAGACGGCAAUAACAAAGAUCAUGAAAUGUGACAUUGACAAUGAGAAUCUCACAGACCCGGAGGUGCUCCCACCAGCAGACUGUGUCAUCAGUACAUUGAUGUUGGAUUUCAUCAGCAAAGACCAAGAUGAUUAUAUAAGUAAUUUCAGGAAAUUUGUGAAACUGCUAAAACCUGAAGGAUACCUAAUAUUGUUUGGGUCUUUAAAUACAACUUAUGGGAUGAUUGGGCAGGAAAAGGUACAUGUGUGCAAAUAUGAUGAGAAAUUUGCAAGAAAAGUUCUCAUUGAUGAAGGGUUUGUUAUUGAUCACUGUGCAGUCCAGAAAAGAACAUCUGUGAGUGACCUUUCUGACUAUGAGGAAAUUCUGUUUAUUACAGCUCACAGAGAGUAAUAAGGGCCUGAUUCUGAGUCACAUGUUACACUAUGUCGGGCGCAUUUGAAUUUUUUUAUACUAUGCAAGUGUCUUAUGCAUCUUUAUUGUGUUUGUAUAGAGUUGAAGAAGUGAUUUUUGACAUAAGCACUUAGAAGUGUAUUGAAAAUGCAUUGGCUUUUCCCAGGGGUGGUUACAGAGAGGAGGGGGCCAUGUGCAGGUCCUGUGUGGGCCUCCUCCUCUCCUAUGGUUUAGUAGACUCUUGAUUUGUGCCAUAGUUUACUCUGCAUGCACAGGUCUCUGGGAACAUGGCACCUGUGCCUUGUUUCCAGCAUUGUCUCUUCUGAAUGUGCACAAAUCACAAGGAUAAUGGUCACGGCGAGCACUUUCCGUGUGAUUUCUGCAGCCAACGCCAGGACAAUAGAGUGAUAAGUAUAAUUAUAUGGGUGCAGGGUGUGCGGUGUGUGGGCUUGAAAACAGGGGGCGUGGCUCAUAAUCACAUAAUUCUCAUGAAGCCAUGCCCCCUUUUGUGAGUCUAUAUCCCCUUUUUGGGCUCAGGAGUCCCUAAUUCACCAUGGAGCAUGUUGGGUGGUAUGUACAGUAUGUGAGUGUCAUGGAAGUUUUGUAGUCAUGUUACUGAAGUGACUGCGUACACGGACGUUUAGACACUCACAUUGGAGGUCACACUCAGAUAGAAACUCUGCACCUAGCAUGGGGCUGGAGUAAGUGUCUAUGAUGUGACUGAUGGUGACAUGUAAUGAUGUACUGAGCGGUGUUACAGUGUCUACAGAUGCUGGAGGUCAGUGUCUCAGUCCUGGCACAGUCAGUCACAGCUUGUACACCAGGGGAAGGGCUUCUACCCUCAUUAUCAUAUAGUCGCAGAUACAACUACACCAACAGAAGCGGCCGCAGCGUGUGACUCAGAUCAGCCCCUACUGUAAGUCUGAGAUGCAAAUAGACAUAAAUACACCAGAUCUUCCUGACAAUGUGUAAAUGAUAAACCUUAUUAAUAAAUAAUCACAUAUAUUACUGUACAUUUAUAUUGAGCUGAUGUUAAAA